GAAGAAAAGAAGACGAAAUUCCCGGAAAGGAGAAAAAAAGGAAAAAACACCAAACACUCACCAUAUUGUACCAACAACACAUAAAACCAAAAUUCCCCCUAGUUUUUCUCAGUUAAUAUACAUAUUUUCCCUAGAAAAAAACUAGCAAAGAAUCUCGAAAUUUUCUGCAACCUUUGAGAACAAAGAUUAAACCUUUUUUUUCUAAAUCAAACACCCACCAGAAUAAACAAAGAAACCAACAAGAGAUAAACCAAAAUUCCCUAGUUUUUCUCACGGAGAAAAAAAAUUAAUGGGUGUAUACAUGUUUUCCCUCGAAAAAUAACUACCAAAGAAUCUUGAAAUUUUGUUUAACCUUUGAGAAGAAAGAUUAAACCCCUUUUUCUUUUUUGGAAAAAAAAAAUGAUUUCAUCAUUGGGUAUCUACAUAUUUUCCCCAGAAAACUAGCUAGCCAAGAAUCUUGAAAUUUUCUGUAACCUUUUGAGAAGAAAGAUUAAACCCUUUUUUUUUUUUUCAGAAAGAAGAUGGUUUCAUACAUAUUUUCCCCAGAAAACUAAGUAGCAAAGAAUCUUGAGAUUUUUUUUGCAACCCCUUUGAAGAAAGAUUAAUUUUUUUAGAGAAAAAAAAAGAUGAUUUCAUCAUUGGGUGCAGCUUCUUCAUCUUCAUCUUCAUCAUCAUCUUCAUCAGCUUCUGUACGUGUUGAGAAGGCAACAAGUGAAUUCUUGAUUGGUCCUGAUUGGACUAUGAAUAUUGAUAUUUGUGAUACCAUCAAUUCCAAUCAAUGGUUAGCAAAAGAUAUUGUCAAAGCUGUGAAGAAGAGGUUGCAGCACAAGAACCCCAAAGUUCAGCUACUUUCUUUAACACUUCUGGAGACAAUGGUGAAGAACUGUGGCGAUAAUAUGCACUUUCAAAUUGCUGAAAGAAGCAUACUGCAAGACAUGGUCAAAAUUGUAAAGAAGAAGACUGAUAUGCAUGUGAGAGAUAAAGUGCUAGUACUACUGGACUCUUGGCAAGAGGCAUUUGGUGGCCCUGGAGGAAAGUAUCCCCAGUACUACUGGGCUUACGAAGAAUUGAGGCGUGCUGGCAUUCAAUUUCCCCAGCGUUCAUUUGAUACGGCUCCAAUAUUUACUCCUCCUGUUACUCAUCCUGCACCAAGACAACCUCAACCUGGUUAUGGAAUGCCAAGCAAUUCCUCAACAAGACUUGACGAGGCAAUGGCAGCAGAGGUCGGAAACUUAAGCUUGUCCAGCAUAAAUUCUAUGAGGGAUGUUGCUGAUCUGUUGGCUGAUAUGCUACAAGCUGUGACCCCAGGCGAUCGUCUGGCUGUAAAAGAUGAAGUUAUAGUUGAUCUUGUUGACCGCUGUCGCUCUAACCAGAAGAAGUUGAUGCAAAUGUUAACAACAACGGGGGAUGAAGAACUUCUGGCCCAGGGUCUUGAAUUGAAUGAUAACCUCCAAACUGUACUGGCUAAACAUGAUGCAAUAGCUUCUGGGUCUCCACUCCCAAACGAUAACCACUCAGCAAGAGAAAUGUAUCAUGAUCCUCCAAGCCCCAAACCUGCUGAAGUUAAACCACCUAGUCCAACAGCAGCAGAUGCCAAACCUUCUGCACCAGUUCUUGCAGCAACCACAGGUCAAAUUGAUGAAGAGGAAGAUGAGGAGGAUGACUUUGCCCAAUUAGCUCGAAGACAUUCAAAAACAAGUCCAGCAGCCCAAACAAGUGAAGGAAUGGUCUCUGGCAAUUCUACGGGAGAACCAUUGGAUCCUGUCGCAAGCAAUGCAUUAGUUCUUCGUGAUCCACCUGCAACCACGAAAGAACAAGACAUAAUUGACCUCUUGAGCCUCACCUUAUCAACAACAAGUGUAUAUCCCGAAACACCACAAAAUUCUGCUUCAGCCACUCAAAACACGCAUCAGGAGCCGCAUGCCUCCUCAACCACACAAGGGAAUCCAUAUGCACCUCAAGCUUAUCUUGGGUAUCAACAAGAUCAGAGCUUUAGCAGUUAUGUAGCUCCUUGGGCUCAACCCCAGUCCCAACCCCAACCUCAGUUUCAUCCUCAAUAUCAACCCCAAGGCCAACCUCAGUAUCAUACACAAUUUCAACACCCAACCCAAGCCCAGUUCCAGCCCCAGCCUCACCCACAGCAACAACCUCAAUAUCAACACCAAGGUCAACCUCAGUUUCUUCCUCAAUCCCAACCCCAGCCUCAACCACAGCAACAAUCUCAAUAUCAACAACAAGGUCAACCUCAGUUUCAUCCUCAAUCCCAACCACAACCAUCCACUCAGCCUCAACUGCAGCAACCACAAGAAUCUUCAUUACAAUCUCAGCAUACAUCACAACCGCUUCCUCAAUCUCCUUUGCAACCUGAACCUAUAACUCAGCUAGAACUUCAUCCUCAGUCUCAACAACGUGCUCAGACUCAAUUCCCUCAGUACUCGGCUUAUCCACCUCCUCCUUGGGCAGCAACUCCCGGAUAUCUUACCAAUCCAAGUCCUUCGUCUAGACCAUCCUACAUGUACUCAACUCCACAACCAACCAAAAAUACAUCCAUGAGGCCCGAACAGAAUGUUAACCCCUUCCCUACUAUGGGAAGCAAUGGUUUAGCUAUGAAUGGGGACCCGAAGACGACAACAACUACCCCUGCUGCUGGACAAAAAACCUUCAUUCCAUCUUAUAGAUUGUUUGAAGAUCUUAAUGUUUUCGGCAAUGGGGAUCAAAGACACAACUCAUCUUCCGGUUUAUCAGGAAAUAACAGCCAAAGUAUGGUUGGUGGACGAAAAUGAGACGUAUUUGUGGCACGUCUUCUAAUACCAUGCUGUCAAUAUGAUGUACAUGAUUGGACUUUCCCCCGCCCCCUCUACCCUCACUUUAUUUGGCGUUUUUGGAGUUUGCAGGUAGGAUAGUGUUAUAAGAUUGAUUUAAUUCUGGCUAUUACAUCGUCCGUGUUUAUGUUAUGCGACAGUUAAAUAAUCUCUUAGGAUGAUGAGGUUUGAAAUUUGUUAUUGCAGUUUCCCUGGA